AUGUCUUCGGAUGCUGACACUAUUGUUUAUUUAUUAAAUGUUGCAACUCUUUUAUAUAAAACUUUUGGUUUAUUUAUAAUUGUUGUUAGUACAAUUGGUAAUAUAUGUAAUUGUUUUGUUUUUCUAUGUAUUCGAUCUUUAAAUAAACAUCCAAAUGCAUUAUUUGUCAUUGGUUCAUCAAUAGGUAGUUUAUUAUAUAUAAAUAUUGGUUUAUUUUCACCUAUAAUAUCAGUUUUCAGUCAAUUUAAUCCAAUAAAUCGAUGGUUAUUUUGGUGUAAAAUAAGUGCUUGGUUAUAUUAUUCUGCUGGUUGUUUUAGUUUUAUAUGUAUUUGUUUUUCUGCUCUUGAUCAAUUUCUUUUAACUUUACCAAGAAUAAAAUGGCAACGAUUAAUAACACGUAUUCGAGCUCAAUUCAUGAUUUUAUUCACAGCAAUUAUUUGGCUUAUAAUUUUUUUACCAUUAUUAAUAUUUGCUAAUCAUAUUCAAACAUCAGCAACAACAUUUACUUGUACAAUUUCUGUUCCUAUAAUUAGUGUUUAUAGUACUUAUUGGAUUAUAAUUGGUUAUUAUUUUUUACCAAUUAUUUUAAUAUUAAUAUUAUUUUGUUUAACUCGGUACAAUUUAAAACAAUUUUUAAGACGUCGUCGUAAUUUAGAAAGUGCAAUGGUUCGUGUGAUGCUUAUUCAAAUGAGUGUUAUACUUAUUAGUGGAAUACCAACAAGUAUCUGUAUUAUUUAUUCAUUAGCUACAAAAUAUUCCACUAAAACAUAUCUAAGAUCAGUAUAUGAAUCUGUUAUUUUGCUUGCUUUUGUUUUAUUUACGUUUUUUACAAAUGGAAUUUCUUUUUGGGUUUAUUUAUUUGCAUCUAAAAUGUUCAGAAAACAUAUUAAAGAUUCUAUUUCAAAAUUAAAAUUAUUCAAAAAUCGACUAACAAUAUUUUCUACAUCAUCAACAACAAGAAUAAACGUACUUCACUAA